AUGUCCUUUCAGAGAGCUCCCGAUUCUGAGCAAUAUCACAAAAGAGCAAAGACAAAAAAGGAGGUUGAAGCGGCUAAAUGGGCCGGUGGGUUCCAAAAAUUGGUACAUCGUGAGGCAUCAUCUAUCAAUGUUCAACGUGUGGCCGUUCAAGCCAACUACUUCAAAAUAUCCAAUCCACUCGAUCAAAUCAAUUCAAAGGACAUUAUCAAACGUGAACUCCGUCGUUCUCUUAUCAAAGCGCUACUAGAACAGCAUUCCCUUUCAGCAAUCCGAGUUUCCGACUACUUUGAAUACAUUGUUUUUGUCGGAAACUUUUAUCCCGUUUCUUCCGAUUCAGUGGGCACAGUCACUAAUGUGCUGCAUUAUCGUCCUGGUCAGAAUGAAACCUGGCGUUGGCGGACUGAGAUUCCACCGAAUGCUGACCAGGAGGAUCUCAUUGGCUUGCGGGUGACCUUCAAUGCCAACGGCAUAAAUCCUAAGACCAGAGUCAUCCGCGGUGUUGGUGCGCGAGAUGCCAGGCUUACAACUUUCAGGCCAAAGGAGUCUCAGAAUACCGAAUGUUGCGUUUCGACCCUCAAUCAUGCUGUUUGA